AUACAAGGAACGAUUUUUCCUGCUCCAAAUUUUAACCCUAUUAUGGAUGCCCAAUUGCUAGGAGGAGCCCUACAGGGAAUUAGUUGUGAAAAAGAUGUGUUGAUUGAUAUUCUAACGCAGCGCUGCAAUUCACAGCGGCUUAUGAUUGCCGAGGCGUACAGAGACAUGUAUGGCAGGGAUCUGGUAACGGACUUAAAAGAGAAUCUCUCUCAUCACUUCAAAGAAGUCAUGGUUGGCUUGAUGUAUCCACCUGCCUCCUAUGAUGCCCAUGAGCUCUGGCAUGCCUUGAAGGGAGUAGACACAGAAGAAAAAUGCCUAAUUGACAUAUUAGCCUCAAGGUCAAAUAUGGAGAUCUUCCAGAUGAAAGAAGCCUACUUAAUGCAAUACAAUAAUGAUCUUCAACAAGAUAUCGAUUCUGAGACUUCAGGUCACUUCAGAGAUACGCUCAUGAAUCUUGCUCAGGGAACAAGGAUGGAAGGAUAUGCAGAUCCUUCUACAGCUGCUCAGGAUGCAAUGAUUCUAUGGGAAGCAUGUCAGCAGAAAACAGGCGAACACAAAAACAUGCUGCAAAUGAUUCUCUGCAACAAGAGUUACCAGCAGUUGUGGAUGGUUUUCCAGGAGUUCCAAAAUAUCUCUGGGCAAGACAUAGUAGAUGCCAUUAAUGAAUGUUAUGAUGGAUACUUUCAAGAAUUACUGGUUGCAAUAGUUCUCUGUGUUCGCGACAAGCCUUCCUACUUUGCUUACAGGCUUUAUAACGCAAUUCAUGACUUUGGCUUUCACAAUAAAACAGUUAUAAGGAUUCUCAUUGCCAGGAGUGAGAUUGACUUGAUGAAUAUACGGCAGCGAUACAAAGAGAGAUACGGGAAAUCACUCUUUCAUGACAUUAAACAUUUUGCUUCAGGUCAUUAUGAGAGUGCUUUACUUGCUAUCUGUGCUGGUGAUGCUGAAGAUUAUUAA